CUUGUCUGAGCUGGGACAAGGCAGAGAAGCUAUAGGGGAGGGGGGGAACGCCCCCUUGUCUCUGCCCUGGCUGGGCCAUGUGGCCCGGGUUACAGACAUUGUUGGCCUCGGGGGCCCGGGGAACCCAUCUCGUUGCCAGGCUGUCGAAGCAGCUGUGCAGCCAGGCUGGGUCUCGGGUCACCAUCUUUGCCCUGUCCUCGGGACACGGAAAGUGCGGGGUAGCCGUCAUCCGGACCAGCGGACCUGCCAGUGGCCCAGCCCUCCUCCGCCUCAUGGCGCGGCUGGAGCUGCCCCGUCCCCGGACCGCCACCUUGAGCCUCAUCUUGGACCCUGACUCUUCAGAGCCCCUGGACAGGGGCCUGGUGCUCUGGUUCCCAGGGCCACACAGCUUCACCGGGGAGGACUGCGCUGAGCUGCAUGUGCAUGGGGGCCCAGCCGUGGUGAGCGGGGUGCUGCGAGCCCUGGGCAGCCUCCCUGGCCUGCGCCCAGCGGAGGCGGGCGAGUUCACCAAGCGGGCGUUCCAGAAUGGGAAGCUGGGUCUGACAGAAGUGGAGGGACUGGGCGACCUGAUCCAUGCUGAGACGGAGGCCCAGCGGCGCCAGGCCCUGCGCCAGCUGGCUGGGGAACUGGGCCGCCUCUACCAGGGCUGGAGCAAGACCCUGACCAGGGUCCUGGCCCACGUGGAGGCUUACAUUGACUUCAGUGAAGAUGACAACAUCGAAGAGGGAGUGCUGGCAGAUGUCAAUACAAGCGUGAGGGGGCUGCAGGCUGAGAUCCAGGGGCACCUCCAGGAUGCCCGGCGUGGAGAGCGGCUCCGCAGCGGGGUCCAAGUGAUCAUUGCCGGCCCCACCAACGCCGGCAAGAGCAGCCUCCUGAACCUGCUCUGCCAGAAGCCCACAGCCAUCGUGUCUCCUGUGGCUGGGACAACCCGGGAUAUAGUGGAGUCAGCCCUGAACAUUGGUGGUUUCCCUGUGCUGCUGAGUGACACGGCCGGGCUGCGGGAGACCCAGGACCCCGUGGAGCAAGAGGGCGUGCGGCGUGCCCAGGACAGGCUGACCCAAGCGGACAUCGUGUUGGCAGUACUGGAUGCCACGGACAUCACCUCAGACUCGAGCCACCUCUUCCUGGAGACCAUGCGGGGCCAGGGUGACCCAACCCGGCCCUGCCUUCUAGUGCUGAAUAAGGCGGACCUCCUGAUGCCAGGGAGCCACCAGGGCCUGGUGGGGAUCUUCCAAGGGUGGGGGCUGAACCCCGCCCUCCUGAUGUCCUGCAAAACGGGGGAAGGCGUGGAGGGCCUGCUGGAUGCCUUGAAGGAGAUGUUGGCUGCCAUAUGCGGGGACCCUGCCGUGGGCAGCCCCAGCCUCACCCAGACCCGUCACCGACGCCAUCUCCAUGACUGCCUGGCGGCACUGGGACGCUACCAGCAGUGGCACGAGCGGGACCUGGCACUGGCAGCAGAGGAGCUGCGGGCGGCCUGUGGCCACCUAGGCCGGAUCACGGGGCGCGUGGGUGCGGCCGAAAUCCUGGACGUCAUCUUCCGUGACUUCUGCAUCGGCAAGUGAGGCCCAGGCAGACCCUCCCUCCACACCCCCCCUGGCUGGAGUGAGCUGGGGGCUCCUGGGACCCUGGUCUCAGCAUCGCUGAGGAGAAACUGGGAGCCAGGGAGAACGGACAGGAGACUGAAUUAUGUGUUCUAUGUUAAGAUUACUAGAGUCUGCUGCAGAGCUCUGCUCUGCUGAUGUGCUCGGUCAGCCUUGGGCUGGUGGUCCCACCCCAGGGCCCCCACAGUGGGGUGUGGUUCGAGGGGGAUAGCGGCAUUGGGGGGAGGUGUUCAUCCUGUCUCAGCUGGGCUCAUUGUGCCUGCUAAGGGGAUGCUUCCUGAGCAGGGGACCUGGGGCCGGGCAGUGGAAAAACACGAGACUACUAGAGGCCAAGCUUCCUGUGGGGGCACAACUUCCAGCCAAACAAGCCCCCCUCCGCCCUUGGUUUAUUAUCUCCUACCCCCAAGGGGAAGCACCAGCUCUAGCUUUGCCUCCUGGAGAGGGGAGAGUCACCACCAGCAAACCCUCCACCCGCCCCCACCCACCACAUCCGGACAGAGAGGCUGUGGCAGUGCCAUUAACCCUGUGGUCACAAGGCUGGGGGCCAGAAAUGGCCCUCUUUGUCCACUGCUGCUUCUCCUCCUCCCCUUGACUGUGGUUGUGUGGGUGGGGCGGAAGGAGCAGUGAAGAAAAGAAGCGAAGCAGCAAGAGGUGCAGGGCAGCAAUAAUGGCAUUUUACCCAGUUAUGUGGGCAUGAAUACAGGCAUGGGAGUCAGAGGACCUGGGCUCUAAUCCCAGCUCUUUGCUGUGUGACCUUGGGCAAGUCACUUCA